CACGUUCAAACUUGCGAGCGGUGCAACGAGGGGGUGCGACACGCCGUGCACCCACCGUCCGUCGUCCGAUCCUGCUCCGGCUUAGCGGGUUCAGUUUGGUCGGAAAUUCGCUCGGUGGUUUCAUUUCGUCGCGCAGUGCCGUACGUAGACUCUUCGAGCGCGCGUCACUCCCGGCUUCGAUGAAUCGUCGUUGCGUGCACGUACGCACGAGUGCGCGUAUCGCGCGGAACGCGACCGACCGUGCGCGCAUAUUAACAGUUCGUCCGAGACUUCCGAGUGCGCGAGCGCCUUGUUGAUUGCCGGUCACUCCGACAGCCGGUCAGGGCUGUUUUCGCGCUCGUCUCGCGCCGAACAUGAUAACGGCGGCCCGUCGGCAGGCGAGGACGUGUCGAGCGAGUUCGUAGACGGUUCGAGCUAUAAAUAUCGCGAUAAAAGGCGCGGCGGCAUUUAAAUUUGGACAGCGUCGAGCGGAACAGCCGGCUCGCGGGGCAGGACGGCUAUUUUAAAACGAUUGGCGGAUAUUGUAUGUCGGACUCUGCGCGAAUCGCGUCCGACGUGUGAAGCGCGAUCGACGCAGCCUUAAUUCGCAGCUCGCAGCUUGUUUAUCGCAGCGUCGUCAACAUGGGGCUGAUACUGUCCAGAUUCCGGAAAAAGAAAACGACCAUUGAAAUUUUGGAAGAUCUUGAUUCACAAAUUAAAGACAUACAGCAAUAUGGACAAACUACAGAGCAAAAACAUAAGAAGAUAGUGGGAACUAUCAUCAUUUAUGGCGUUGCUCUUUACAUCAUGAUAGCAUUCAUCUUUUACUUCUGUUUCUUUCCAGCUUCAUUAUAUGAUCAACUCUUUUACAUAACACCAUUACUACUUUUCCCGAUCUUGAUACUUUUAACAAAGAAAAUGGUUUCAUGGUAUUAUAAUCGUAAAAUUACUCACAAUCAAGAAAAGCUGUCUACAAUUGUAGCAGAAAAAAAGAAGAUAUUAAAUGAAGUUACUGAAACAGAAACGUAUAAGAAAGCUAAAGAAAUACUAUUGAAGUUUGCACCAGAUGAAUUAACCAUGUCACCUUUAACUCCGAAGCUUACGCAAAGGUUGUCAGAAACACCUCGGCGUCUUACACCGCAGGCUGUAAUAUCUCCUCUGCCUGGCAAUUCCGAAUUAAGAAGAAGACUCAUACCGGCGCAAAACCAACCACCAAAUAUACAGCCUGGUGUAAUUCCUCCUGGUCUGUCAACGCCAAUGAGAUUGAAUCAACCGGCAAAUGUUCCUUUCCCGCCUAGCGCCAGAAUUAUUAACCCCGCAACUAUAGGUUUCCGAUCACCUCUGCCGCGACCUGUACUACCGCAACACAGGACUGUGAUUGACCGUUUAGUCGACUACCUAGUAGGUGACGGUCCUGCAAAUCGCUACGCUUUGAUUUGUCGUCAAUGUGAGUUUCACAAUGGAAUGGCGUUGAAGGAAGAAUUCGAAUAUUUUGCAUACAGAUGCUGUUACUGUGGUUUCUGGAAUCCUGCAAGAAAGCAGAAACCCUUUGCUCCAAAAUUGGAUUUCGACAUGAACAACACCGUCGUAAGUGCGAGCAUAACCGAAACUACGUCUCAAAACGCAGACGAGGAACCCGAUAAACUUAAUGAGUCGGAGACUUGCACGCAAUCGGAUACAGAUUCGGAUAUUGAAGUAGUCGAAAGACCAGGCGAAACACCUGAUACUCCGGAGGCAGAAUCUAAAGAAUUAUUAGAAAAUGAAAACGAAUCCGAUAAGAUAGAGACGUGACGUAUCAAUACACAACAAUCACAACUUUUAUAUUUAAAUAAUUAGUCCAAUGGUGAAAAAUGUUUAUAAAUCAGAACUUCAAGUAAGUCGAAAAUUUAAUGCAAAAAAAUGAAUAAGUGAAAGAAAGAAAGCCAUGGAAGCCAAUUGUAAAAUUCGUUGACUUUUUUAACACGCAACGCGAUUUAGAGAAAACUUGAGACAUAAUAUAUCUUGUCAGUACUUGUGUUACGGAAAUAAAUGUCCCAGUGUGUCGAUUGUGAAACGUUGCUGUACACGAAACUGUUCUAUAAUAUAGAAAUAGCAUAAAUAUUACAUGAUUGUUGGUGAUACAUAUAACAAAAUAUAUAAAUCUUCUGCGUCAACUAGUGUCUAAAGAUCACGUUAGUAUUUGCAAGAAAAUUGAAAGAAUGCAUGAAAAGUAUAUCUUUACGAUUAUAAAUGGAAUCAUUCCAAAUUUUUACCUGCUUAGCAUAUAAUAGUUGUUGCUGAAAUAACAAGAAGAAAUGUCAUGUAAAAAAUUAAUAUUGGAAUACUUAAUUAUUGCACAUUAAUAACAAAAUAUUGAAAAUAAAUAACAAAAAAUUCGUAUAGAUUUAGAGAUAUUUCUGUAAAGUUUUAUUAUUUGAGACAUAAUCUACUGAAAUGUUGCAAAUUAUGGCAAUAGUAGAUGCGGCGAAAUACUUGAAUAUUUAUGAAAAACGUUCGUACGAGAGUCGCUUGAUAAGUCCUUGGAAAAUGUAUAAGAUGGCGGCAUUAAUAUCAAAUUGACAUAAUAAUUGAUGUGUGUAUAUAUAUAUAUAUAUAUAUGCAUAUAUAUUUUCUAAAGACUUAUCAAACGGCUCUUAUAUUAAACAUAAUAAUAUAUUAUACAUUUUAUAAGACUGUCUGUCUUGUUUGCAGAGGCAAAGCGUUAUUUAUAUUUGGCCACAAAUUUUUCAGAAAAACACAUUUUUUCUCACAUAUCUUAAGCUCUGCAAUUCCUUUUAUCUGGUUGUUAAACUAGUUACAUGUACUGCGUAAUAGUUGCAUAACUAAAGUUAUAUUACUAAAGCAAAAAAACGUUACAUGUUUCAGCACAUUAAUUAUUGAAUUAGAGUUAGAUAUUAAGGCUAACAUGAAUUGUGUUGUAUAGGAGUUUUGCGAAAGAAAAGAAUGAAAGAAAGAUGUAUUUGGUAAUAACACUUUUUGUAUAGAAAAUUAUUAUUUAGCACAUAAAGUGAUUUCUGGAUUAGGUAUUGCGAUCAUCCCUGAAAAAUUGUACAAUGCAUUAUGUUACUUAUGAUUGUAAUCCACUGUGAUUAUAGACUAAUGACACUUAUAGUGAUUGUAAUCGGUUUUUACUUCAAUCUUUAGCUCUUAUAAAGAUAUCCGUUUCUAUUCUGUUAUAAUGUACUUUCAGCUUUCCCUAAUAAUGGAUUGUACCGUGCCAAUCUGAAGCAUUAUUUAAAAUUUCUUUCAGAAUUUCAAUGUAACUUCUAAUGCGAUUAUGAUCUUGUACAUAUAAAAAAUAUUUUAGUAAUUUGGAA